UUUCUCCUCGGUUCUCUCUCUUAUCAAAUAUAGUGAACAACAAACAACCAAUCAAAACCAGAAUCUCCCCUUUUUCUCUCUCCCAAAAUCUCAAACCCAAUAUCAUAUUGUUUUUCCAAUGGAGUGGAGUUCUAGAGGUGUCCAAACUUCGUCCAUCGCAUUUUUCCGUUUCAAUUAGUGCCUAAUUUUUAAUUAAUAAUUUUGCUUUUUUCAACUUUUUCUUUGAACCCAAAAACAAUUCAAUCUCUCUCUCUCACUUCCUUCCUUCCUAAAAGUAGGCUUUGAAAUUGUAUUUUGUAUUUGCCCUUCAACUCUUAUGUGUGCUCUUCGAGUUCUAUACUGUUCCUCUACAACCAUUAUUAGUACCACCUUCACCUGCUCUCUUCCCUCUCAUUCUUCUCUUUGCUUUAAUGGCCUCCUCUUUCCCUUCAUUUUCAUCUCUCUUUACACCUUUUCUUCUUAUUUUUUUUCUUCUUCUCCUUCUUCUUCUUCCCCCACUUCCAUUCUCAAUCCCUACCACCUCUCACGCUUCGCUUCUUUGAUUUUCAUCUUCGUUUUAAGAUACCCUUUUGCCCAUUUCUUCACGGAUUUCGUUUUGCUUGACUUUUCUGUGUUGAUCGAUGCAUAAGGAUAAAGGUUUAAAAGCUAAAGAAGGAAAAGGAAAGUUGUGUAGGUGUAAUGGUUUAAGGAAGAAUAAAGAUAUGAUGUUUCGGGAUUUAGUUCCCCGUAGUUCCCCACCACGAUUCAUCAGGGACUGUGGUGUUGGUGAAUCCUCGGGUUUGAAACCUCAGGAUGCAGAUUAUUCUAUUCCUUUAUUUGGUGAUGAGUUGGAGCUUUCAAUCUUGGCUAGGUUUCCUCAAUCCGAACAAUGGAAGUUGUCUUGUGUGAGCAAGAGAUAUUUAACUCUUGUAAGGAGUGGUGAACUGUAUAGGAUUAGGAAAGAAAUCGGAUACCAAGAGUCAUCUGUUUUCAUGUUAGCAAGUGGGGAGAGCAGCUGGAUGAUGUUUGAUCGGACUUUUCAGUCGUGUCGUAGGCUUCCUGUCCUACCAUCGGAUACUUGCUUCUUGGAUGCAGAUAAGGAAUCACUUUGUGCAGGCACAGAUCUUUUUGUUACUGGUCGAGAACUUACAGGAGGUGCCAUUUGGAGGUAUCAGCUGGUUGAGAACAAAUGGAUCAAAGGUCCUUCUAUGAUCAGUCCAAGGUGUUUAUUUGCAUCUGCCUCCUGUGGUUCUGAUGCAUUUGUUGCAGGAGGGAUUGCUCUAGAGUUCAGCACGGAAGGUGCUUUCGGUAUGGGGAUGGAAUAUGGACAAACUGUCUUGAACACUGUAGAAAAGUAUAGCCCUGAAAGCUCAUCAUGGGAGCCUCUCCCAAACAUGCACCGGCCGAGGAAAAAGUGCUCGGGCUGCUUCAUGGAUAAUAAGUUCUACGUCAUCGGAGGAAGAGACAAAGAUGGAAACCAUCUCACUUGUGGCGAAGUCUUUGACAAGGAGAAAAACUUGUGGGAUUUGAUUGAAAAUAUGCUGGAAGACACCCCAAUUUCAACUUCUCAAUCGCCUCCUCUUGUUGCAGUCGUGAACAAUGAGCUCUACUCGCUCGAACCAGCUUCAAAUGAGUUGAAGGUGUAUUUGAAAGAGAGAAAUGAGUGGAAGAACUUGGGUCCAGUUCCAGUCCAUGCUGUUGUAAACAAAGGUUGGGGAGUUGCAUUCAAGUCACUGGGGAGUGAACUUCUGGUGAUUGGUGCAUCGGUAGAAUCAUCCACAAACAAUUCCAUGAGCAUAUACACAUGCACCCCAGAUCCAAGGGCUGAUCGAUUGCAGUGGAGGCGUCUUGAUGGCGGCACAAACCAUCUCAGUCCAUUCAUUCUCAAUUGUUGUGUCAUGGUUGCUUGAGUAAGCCUUCAUCAAAUCAUGUUGGGUGCCUACGGUUUUGGAAUAAAUAAAACGAAUACCUUAUUCGGUACUCGCACUUGUCAUUGUCUUCGAGUUAAGUGGCUAUUUUAGAUUUAUGUCUAGGUAAUCUACAAGAUAGACUUGUUGAAUUUAUCUUUUAUGAUCUUUCAGUGGUCUCCAUGAUUUCAUCUGUUUGUUCCAUCUUUCAACCCCCAACCCCUUAAAAAAGUACAAAAGAACACGAUAGGAAGUAAAACUCAAACUUUAUGGCUGAGACGUUAUCUUCUGCAGUAUUUGGUUUGUCAUCUUACGAUAUUGUCUAGAACGAGGGUGCUUCAUUGUAGGCUUCUAAUUGUGUGUACGAAUAUGAAAUUUUUCUCAUUGUGCAA